AUUAUGGAACGAAGUGAAAUUGCAUCGAGCUACCAAUCUGAAGAGAGCAGCUUGCUGGACAUACCAUGUGCCAUAACUGAAAAAAGUUUUCUGGUGAAUCUCAGUCCUGGGAGAAGCAGUACUUCAAGUUCGGUGAAUGCGUUUGUUUCACCAUCAUCCACCACGUUGGACACAGAUCCUGACAGCGUGAUUUUUGAAGAACACACAACUGGACCUGACAGAAACGUAUGGCCUAAAUCCUGUGAAAAGACAGACUCCAGUCACUGGAUGAAUCCAGAGCCCUUCCAAGCUAACGAACAUCUCCCAGCUUGGACGCCUGAGCAAAAAGAUGAAGAAUCCACCAUUAAAAAGUCUUUGGACACGUUUUACAGUACCUGCUGCCCAAAGAAGCAAUUCGGUGGCAGCCCAGCACUCGAGUCAGCUUCACAAAGCAUAUCUGCCAAAAUCGCAGAACUGGGUAACAGAGAAGGAACACGAUAUGCCCUGCGGAGUCUCUGGGUAGCCCAGAGUGUUUUGAACCGAGACGGUAAUAAGGUCUUUCCUCGGCACUCCAGUGGUGCCUGCUUUUCCGCUACUGCUGAAAGUACUGCUAAUGUAGAGAAAGGAAAGAAAAUCCCAGGACUUUCAGAUGACGUCCUUCAAUUUCUCUUAAAACAGAGUGUAAUGAAAUGAACGUGGCCUUGACAUUGGUCUCUUCCUAAGCACAAUUUUUCCCCUUGUUUUCAUGAGAUCCACUGCAAAUGUUUUAUAAUAGGGAAGGAACUCUUAGAUUGCGCACACAAGGACAAGAGUACCAGCAGGGCAUCACUUCACAAGAAUGUAUUUUGCAGAACAAGCUGCUGUUUUUUUAAAAAAAAAUAUUUUAAUUAUCGUCAUCCAUGAUCCUCAGUGCUGUCCUUGUUAGGGAUUGAAGUGUACGUUUUCCAGUAAGGUACUGCUGCGUCUUGCAACCCGUGUUCUUGUGGAUGGAUGGAGUUGGAUUAUGUCCAUGUUGUCUGCAUGGACGGACCAGCCCCUCUAGUGUCUCAAGCAGAGAUUGUUUCCCUGCCAUACUGAAAUCAUUUUAACUGGACUUGCCAGGGAUUGAACCAGGAACCUUCUGUGUGCAAAAGAGGUGCUCUGUCACCAAGCCACAGCAAAGCUCGCAGAAGGGAGAGGGGGGGAAAGGGAGGUGUAGCAUAUUACUUCAACCAUUUUGUUGUAUCAUAAAACAGUGCUCUGGGGUUUGGAGUUCGGAGCCCAGUGCUGGCUGUGGGAGACGCUGUGUCUCAUUCUGUAAAGCAGAUUUUCUGUUCCAGAAGCUCAAAAUCUGGGGGGGGAAAUUGAAUGGCGCUGGAGGAGACAAAGUGUGUGUGGGGAAAUUUCUUGAUUUUGCUGCACUCAAAAACAUUGGGACUGUGCCGCUAUGAUGUCCUGCAGAAAUAAAAGUUGUGUGUUUGAGUGAACAUGGAGCCUGAGACCAAACUGCUCUUGGACUGUACUUCUGAUACUCAGAUCUGACAUAAUAUGCGGAUACUUUUAGGUUGACAUCACUAGGAAGUGGGAACAGUAUCCAAGACCAUCCGUCUUAGAGGCUAGGCACGUAAAGCAUUUAAGCCAAGGGGGGCGGAUGGCAGAAUCUGAGGCGGCCAGGCUUCAUUCCUGAUGCCUGGACCAGAGUGCCGGUCACAUGCCUAAGGCAUUGACGCUCCAGUGGCCUCCUAAGCUCAAGAUCUUGCAAAUAUCAAGGCAAAGGGUGAAGAAUCUCAAGGGGGGGGGCAGGGUGAAUGGACUGACAGCUGCUUUAAAUGAAUUGUAUUCAGGGGUCAUUUUGUAGAAAAAGAGCUGGAGGAACUCAUUAGCAUAACUCAUUAGCAUAUGCCACGCCUCUUGCUAUCACCGAAAGUGUCAUUGGCAUAACUGAUUUGCAUAUGCCACACCCCCUGACCACCUAUUCUGACUGUUUUAGACCCAAUCCUGGCCAUUCAGGGCUGAAAUUGGGCCCAAAAUGGCAAAAAGGAGCUGAAAAUGGCCGAAGAGGGGCCCAAAAUGGUCAGGAUCGGGCCGCUGCUGAGUGGGAGAGUGAUCCACCACCCGUCAGAGGCCCAAUCCAGGCCAUUUCGGCCCCAAUCCAGGCCGAAGCAGGCCCCAAAUGGCCGAGAGUGAGGUGGGGGGGACCUGACAUGUGACCUCUUUGGGGAACUGCUGGAACUGUGUUCCUGUGCGUUCCCCCUCGAAAUAAGCCCUGAUUGUAUUAUUGGUGAUUUUAAAUUUUUAUGCUAUUAUGUUUUUAUUUGUAUACUGUUGUGCUCUGCUCUGAGCCUGCUCUCAGGGAGAGUGGAAUAUAAAUAUAAUUAAAUAAAUAAAAUGAAUAAUUUUUUUU